CAGAGUCGAACACUCAGUGACAAAUAACACCAGCGCGUGUCAUUUCGGUGGCAAAUUAGAUUUUCUUCUUUCAGAAAAAUAGCGUCGCAAAAGUGUAGCCGAUUUUCGCGCUGGGGGAAUUCUGGAUUUCAAGACAAUGCGCAGUUUAGUUUUAGUUGCGAUGUCGCCUAUUAGGACUUGAAAGAAGUUCAUGAUUUUAUUUAUUUAUUGUGGAAUAUUUCCUCUUCGUCUAAAGCAAUGAAAAUCGAUUCCAACUCUGUUGAUUUUUAUUUGGAGGAAGUUUAAUGCAAAUUUAAUAAUUGCGUUUUUACAUACUUAUAAUUUAAAUAAAUACAGUAUACUACGAAACGUGUUUUUUUUCAACGAGAAAUAAGUGGCGAAUGUAAUUCAAAUCAAAACGCCGUUUGUGUUUUGAUCACAGAUUGAUAUAUUAUUGGAAUGUAGACGCAAAUUGUAUUGGAAAAAAAACUUAUAUAUAAUCCAGAGAUUCUGUAUUAAUUAGAUGUUCGUGUGCUAUUUCGCUAUCGCCGAAUAAUACACCUGUAGAUUGUAAAUGAAAAUCUAUUUUUAGCAAACGUCAUGUAUGUCACGUGAUCUAUAUCAGCGGUACAAAAAUUUGUCACAUAACUUUAAUCUGUGACUGCAAUGUAGACAGAAGGGUUUCGUGAAUGGUUAAAACUUUUAAAACGCAAUACUUGUGCAUAUUCAACGCAAAUUUUAGAUAUAUGUUCACGGUGGAUUUAAUCGGAAGUACCAUGUGAUGAUGUUUGAGUGAAAUUAGAAAAUUCGUCUGCAAACAUGUGCUUGUUCGAUCUGUUGUUUCGGAAGUUUAUCCUCAUAUUUUGUGUAUUUUGUUUUCACCUGUCCUUCGUCGAUGGGCUCACUAUAAAUGCGCAUACACAAGUUGAAGGUCAUGAAGAACUUCUGCUGCACCGGCCCCAGUACCACUGCAAUGUGGGGUCAGACUUCACGUACGCCUGCCCCAGCACGAUGUUCCCAGAGAAGACCCUGAUCUGCAUCCACAGGGAGUGGCUCUGCGAUGGGGAUAUCGACUGUCCUGAGGGCGAGGACGAGGGGUCGAAACCCGGAGAAAUGUGCCAUUCCAACGGCUCGAGUACCUGUGAAGACGAUAGCCAGUUUCUGUGCAUAGACCACUGCAUUCCAAAGAACUGGAUGUGCGACGGGGACGUGGACUGUGACGACGGGUCCGACGAGAAUAUGGACAACUGUAAGCGAAACAGCAUUUUCAGAGAAGGUCCCCAUGCCAAACAUCUCAUUCCAUGCAUGCCAAACCAGAUGAAGUGUGGAGGAUCUCACAAGUGCAUUCCAUUAAGCAAUAUCUGUGAUCUACACCCGGACUGUAACCCCGGUUGUGCCAAUGAUUAUUGUUCCAGUGCCCCAUGUAAGGAUGUGGCCAGUUCCCAUUGUGCUGAGACACUGGAUGGUGCUGUGUGUUUUUGUGACGACGGUUUCCAGUGGAACAAUGAGACCAAAACUUGUAUAGAUCUCAAUGAAUGUGAAUAUGAGCGUUUCUGUGAUCAGCCCCGUUAUUGUACGAACUCAGACAAAACUGCCACUAAUCCAGGUUUCACGUGUGGUUGUGCCACAGGCUAUAAUCCGGUCAACGGAACUCGUUGUGCAGCUCUAAAUGACCAGACAAAUCGUAAGCCAACGAUUCUCAUCGCCAAGGAGUGGGACGUACGACAGCUGAAUAUGGAUGGGACAGUUUACGGUAGUGAGGGGGCGUAUUGGCUGAAGCCUGCGCAGAAGGCUGAGACCCUCGACUUUGAUUAUCGGGACAAGAAAAUUUGCUGGCUCAAUUACAAAUGGAGUACCGGAAGCUCGGAACUUCUUUGUUCAAGUUAUGACCUGGAUGGGCAACAAGCCACUAUUGUCGUCAAUGCAACAGUACAACUAAGUACUGUUACAAAUAUGGCCAUAGACUGGAUCACUGGUAACUUUUACUUCCUGGACCUCACUCUGAGACGCAUUGCCGUCUGCAACAGGGGAGGGAACCUCUGUGCAGAGAUUUUAUCGGAAAAAAAGGCAAACAACGUGACCCUGGUUGGUCCUCGAAGCCUCGCUUUGAGUCCUGUGGACGGGUUCCUGUUUUACUCAGACUGGAACGAACACUGGAACAACAGUCGUAUUGUGCGUAUCAACAUGGACGGAACAUCACCGAAACUCAUCGUCACGACAAAACUCGCCAAACCCAUCGGACUGACGAUCGACCAUGCCAACAGGCACCUUUACUGGUCUGAUAUGGAGCUCAAUGUGAUAGAGAGGGUUGAUUUCAAGGGAGAUGACAAGUCUCGCAGAGUUAUUUCCCUUGGUCUAAAGGUUGAGUCAAUCUUCAGUAUGUCCCUAUUUGAGAACUACCUGUACCUAAGUGAUCGCCAUGAGAACCAGAUCCUGAAGCUUCAUCGCUACGACCAGGGUGAACACGCCCAGAUCCUCACUCAGGAUGCAGCUAGGCCCGGACAGAUACAUGUUGUUCACCCGGUGAAACAGCCGUACGUAACUGACCCCUGCCCUUCGGCCAAUUGCAGUAACAACAGCUUGUGCCUUCUGACCAACAAAGAUGAAAUGCUGAGCGCACAAUGUGUCUGCACAGCUGGAUAUAGUUUAGUGGAUAACAAAUGUCAAGAAAUCGAGAAAUGCAGAGCAAAUGUUACAGAAUGCCAUGAUUCGGCCUGUUCUACAAUUUCAUCCGAGUGUUCACUGGCCGUCUGCCUGGACAACCAGUCCUUCUGCACGGGGACCAAACAAUGCAUCCCGCAGUCCUGGUGGUGUGACUCUAAAAUCGACUGCCCCUCGUAUGACGACGAAGGCGUCUACUGCAAGUACAACGAGUGCACGCCGGACACCUUUCAGUGCAAGAUAACGGGGAAGUGCGUGUUGCUCACUCAGAGGUGCGAUAAGCACAUUGAUUGCUCUAUAUGUGAGGAGGAGGAUACGAAAAAGUGCGCAGACUAUGAUGAUUCUGAUGAGCUUAAUUGCCAUGGGGGCUGCGCUGAGACGGACAUGUUCCAAUGCAAGGAUGGUAUGCAGUGUAUACAGAACGCCUUCCGAUGUGAUGGACUCAUGGACUGCGUGGAUGGUUCUGAUGAGGAUCUUGCCAUAUGUCAUUACGCUGUUCACAACUGCACAGACCAGUCGGAGUUCCAGUGUAGAAACGUCACUGAGUGUAUCUCCCUGGCGUGGAAGUGUGACGGGGAGCAGGACUGUACAGAUAAAACUGAUGAGGACGAAGAAAUGUGUAAAGGUUUAACCUGUCCAGCCGGAGAGUCCUCCUGCGGGGAUAAGGAGCAAUGUAUUCCCAACGAAUGGUUCUGCGAUCACGAACCCGACUGCAGAGACAAGUCUGAUGAAGAUUCUACCAAAUGCCCUACACACACCUGUCACCACUGGAAUUUCAAGUGUAAAAAAAAUAACGGAUCGGUUGUUUGCCUCCCCGCGGAACAAGUUUGUGACAAUACGACAGAAUGUGAUGAUCCAAAGGACACAGAUGAGGGUGGCCUGUGCAAUGGCAACCCACCGUUCCUGCUCGUGUCCAACCGUUACUUCAUCAACCGCGUAGAUCUGACACCUGACAACACAACCGGAAUGUACGCUACGUCCGUCGUCCAGGCCAACCUGUCGCACUCAGUGGCCGUGGACUUUGACUACAAGGAGAACAUGAUUUACUGGACAGAUAUUAGGAGCCAAAGUAGCACCAUCAACCGGCGGAGACUGGAUAGAAACGAUACGGAGGUUCUUCAUAGCUCCACAGUGCUCAACCCAGACGGGAUUGCAGUGGACUGGGUGGGACGUAACCUGUACUGGUGCGAUCGCAACACGGACACCAUUGAGGUAUCAACUCUCAACGGGAAGUACCGCAAAGUGCUCGUGAAGGAUAAAUCAUUUUUACGCGAGCCUAGAGCGUUGGAGCUGUUCCCAAAAUACGGGUACCUGUUCAUUUCUGACUGGGGCGAUCAGCCGCACAUCAGUCGGUUAUCAAUGGACGGAGUUCAGCGAAAACAUAUAAUAACGGAGGACCUCGCAUGGCCGAAUGGUCUGACGAUCGAUUACGUCACAGAGAAACUUUUCUGGGCUGAUGCAAACUAUGACUACAUCGGUAUUGCGGACCUUGACGGGCAAAAUCGCCACAGAAUUCUCGAAGACAAUGUUCCUCAUCCGUUUGCCAUAACAGCUUUCGUUGAUAAGAUUUAUUGGACGGACUGGGAGAGCAAUGGCGUCCAUUCUGCACGGAAAUUCUCCGGGGACAAGCAUGUCCAGAUAGCCCACAUGAGCCACCGCCCGAUGGCUUUGGUCGUGUUCCACAAGCUGCGACAACCAGAGAGUGAGUUGCUAGAACAGCCUUAA